AUGCCAUCUGUCCAGAAACAAAAGACAGGGAAACAAAAAUUAGCGCCAGAAAAGGAAAGGUUUCUUCAAUGUUGUGGAGAUAUUUCUUUGGAAUUGGUUGCAUCGUUAAAGAAUUCAAAGGAUAUAAACUUAAAUGGAUUAAUUAUAAGAUAUGCUAAGAAAUAUAAGUUAAAGCAACAGCCUAGAUUGACAGAUAUUAUAUCUUCUAUUCCGGAUCAAUAUAAAAAAUAUUUGAUACCCAAGUUAAAGGCAAAGCCAGUUAGAACUGCAUCGGGUAUUGCAGUUGUUGCUGUUAUGUGUAAACCUCAUAGAUGCCCUCAUAUUGCAUACACGGGUAAUAUAUGUGUGUACUGUCCUGGUGGGCCAGAUUCUGAUUUUGAAUAUUCUACGCAAUCGUAUACUGGGUAUGAACCUACGUCGAUGAGAGCCAUCAGAGCCAGAUACGACCCGUACGAACAAGCGAGGGGUAGAGUUGAACAGUUAAGACAAUUGGGGCAUUCAAUCGACAAGGUGGAAUACAUUAUUAUGGGUGGUACGUUCAUGUCAUUGCCAGUUGAAUACAGAGAGAAUUUUAUUACACAAUUACAUAAUGCCUUAACUGGUUUUAAUGGUCGUGAUAUUGAUGAAGCAAUUAAAUUUUCCCAACAGUCCCAGACUAAAUGUGUUGGUAUAACGAUUGAAACUCGUCCAGAUUAUUGUACGGAAACCCACUUGAGUGACAUGUUGAAAUAUGGAUGUACCAGACUUGAAGUUGGUGUCCAGUCGGUUUAUGAAGACGUUGCAAGAGAUACCAAUAGAGGUCACACAGUAAAGUCUGUGUGUGAGACUUUUGCAGUCGCCAAGGACGCUGGUUACAAGGUAGUCAGUCAUAUGAUGCCGGAUCUUCCAAAUGUUGGUAUGGAAAGAGAUUUGGAGCAAUUCAAGGAAUACUUCGAAAACCCUGAUUUCAGAACUGACGGGUUAAAAUUAUACCCAACCUUAGUUAUCAGAGGUACUGGUUUAUAUGAAUUAUGGAAAAAGGGGUUAUACAAGUCAUAUAACGCUAACGCAUUAAUCGAUCUCGUUGCACGUAUUUUAGCAUUAGUUCCACCUUGGACACGUAUUUACCGUGUUCAAAGAGAUAUCCCUAUGCCACUCGUCACCUCAGGUGUCGAAAACGGUAAUUUGAGAGAGUUGGCAUUGGCGAGAAUGAAGGAUUUCGGUACAACAUGUAGGGAUGUACGUACAAGAGAAGUUGGUAUUCAAGAAGUCCAUCAUAAAGUUGCUCCUGAUCAAGUUGAAUUAAUUAGAAGAGAUUAUUAUGCUAAUGGUGGGUGGGAAACGUUCUUGUCUUAUGAAGAUCCUAAGAAAGAUAUUUUAAUUGGUUUAUUGAGGUUGCGUAAAGCAUCCAAAAAAUUCACUUAUCGUAAAGAGUUCACAAGUCAACAAACUUCUAUUGUUAGAGAAUUGCACGUUUAUGGUUCAGUUGUACCAUUGCACUCUAGAGAUCCAAGGAAGUUCCAGCAUCAAGGUUUCGGGACAUUAUUGAUGGAAGAAGCUGCCAGAAUUGCAAGAGUGGAACAUGGAUCAGAAAAAAUAAGUGUCAUUUCUGGUGUUGGUGUCAGAAACUAUUAUGCAAAAUUGGGAUACCAUUUGGAUGGCCCAUUUAUGUCUAAAUGGCUUAACGAGGAAGAGUAA